CGGGGGCUGCUCCGGCCCUGCAGCCCGCGGGGCAGCGCGGCCCCCCCAGCAGCGCGUCCGGCCCCCCCGCGGGCCCGGGGAGAAGCCGCCGACGCCGAGGAGCAGCGGCGAAGCCAGGAGCUGCUGGAGCAGGCGGCAGCCGAGAGGCGGCAGCUCGUCCGGGAGUGGCGGGAGCUGCGAGGGUUUCUGGAGGAGCAGGAGCAGCGGCUGCUGGCCCGGCUGGAGGAGCUGGAGGGAGCCAUUGUCCAGCGACGGGACGCGGGCGGCUGCAGCCUGUCCCGGGAGAUGUCCCUGCUCGGCGACAGGGGAGGAGACGAGGGGCAGCGGCCGCCGAGCCCCCCCCUGCAGGGUGCCGGGAGCACUGGCAGCAGGGAGGACGGGGCGUUUCGGAAGCCGGAGCCGGGGUUUGCGGCGCUGGAGAAGAGACUCGGCGAUUUCUCCCUGCAACGCGCCCGCCUGCAGCAGGUGCUGCUGGGAUUCAGAGAGACGCUGCGACGGGAGCUGGGGAGCGACACAGGCUGUAGAAUAACACCCACGUUCGGGGCCAGAUCGCCUCCUCCUCCCAGGAGGAAGGGAAGGGAAAUGGCUGCGGAAGAGGCGGCUCAGGGGCCGGUGACCUUCGAGGAGGUGGCUGUGUAUUUCACCAGGGAAGAGUGGGCUCUGCUGGACCCCGCUCAGAGAGCCCUCUACAGGGAUGUCAUGCAGGAGAACUACGAGAACGUGACCUCGCUGGGGUUUCCAGUUUCCAAACCUGAUGUUAUCUCGCAGCUGGAACGAGGGGAAGAGGAGAAACCCCAGCAGGAAGAUGCUGAGCAAGGAGAACCACAUGGAAUGUUAUCAGGAAGAUCCAAAGGGAAUGUUUAUGGGAGUUGUGGACUCCGAGAAAAAGCCAAAGCCUGUGAGACUCAGCAGAUGCCAGAGGAAAACUUCAGUAGCCACUCAGACCUUAUAACCCGCGACAGAAUCCACUUGGAAGGGAGACGCUACACAUGCCAUGAGUGUGGGAAAAGCUUCAAUCGGAGCUCAGACCUUCUCGUACAUCGUAGAAUCCACACAGGAGAGACGCCCUACACGUGCUCUGAGUGCGGGAAAAGCUUUAAUCACAAUUUUACCCUGACCAGACAUCGGAGAAUCCACACGGGUGAGAAACCUUAUGGAUGCUCUGAGUGCGGGAAAAGCUUCAGUUGGCGUUCAAACCUUAUCACACAUCGUAGAACCCACACGGGGGAGAAGCCCUACACAUGCGCUGAGUGCGGGAAAAGCUUCAGUCAGCGCUCAAGCUUUAUCACACAUCAGAGAAUCCACACGGGGGAAAAGCCCUACACUUGCUUUGAGUGCGGGAAAUGCUUUAAUGAAAGCUCUACCCUGAGCAAACAUCACAGAGUCCACACGGGUGAGAAACCUUAUGGAUGCGCUGAGUGCGGGAAGAGCUUUAGUCAACGUUCAGACCUUAUCAAACAUCAGAGACUCCACACAGGGGAGACGCCCUACACAUGCCCUGAGUGCGGGAAAAGCUGUAAUCACAGCUCUGCCCUGCGCAAACAUCGGAGAGUCCACACGGGUGAGAAACCUUAUGGAUGCGCUGAGUGCGGGAAAAGCUUCAGAGAGCGUUCAGACCUUAUCAGACAUCAGAGACUUCACACAAGAGAGACGCCCUACACAUGCGCUGAGUGCGGGAAACGCUUCAAUAAGUGCUCACACCUUAUCAGACAUCAGAGAAUCCACACAGGAGAGACGCCCUACACGUGCUCUGAGUGCGGGAAAAGCUUUAAGCACAGCUCUGCCCUGAGCAGACAUCAGACAAUCCACACAGGGGGGAAGCCCUACACGUGCUCUGAGUGUGGGAAAAUCUUUGGUCAUCACUCAACCCUUAUCACACAUCAGAGAAUCCACACAGGGGAGACGCCCUACAUGUGCUCUGAGUGCGGGAAACGCUUUAAUGACAGCUCUACCCUGACCAGACAUCGGAGAAUCCACACGGGUGAGAAACCUUAUGGAUGCUCUGAGUGCGGGAAAAGCUUCAGAGAGCGUUCACAGCUUAUCAGACACCAGAGACUUCACACAGGAGAGACGCCCUACACAUGCGCUGAGUGUGGGAAAAGCUUUAAGCACAGCUCUACCCUGAGGAAACAUCAGAGAAUCCACACGGGUGAGAAACCUUAUGGAUGCACUGAGUGCGGGAAAAGCUUCCGUCAGCGUUCAUACCUUAUCACACAUCAGAGACUCCACACAGGGGAGACGCCGUACAUGUGCUCUGAGUGCGGGAAAAUCUUCAGUCGGCGUUCACACCUUAUCACACAUCAGAGACUCCACACAGGAGAAAAGCCCUACACGUGCUCUGAGUGCGGGAAAAGCUUUAAUCAGAGCUCUACCCUGAGCAGACAUAGGAGAAUCCACACGGGUGAGAAACCUUAUGGAUGUUCUGAGUGCGGGAAAAGCUUCAAAAAGAGCUCACACCUUAUUAGACAUCGCAAAAUCCACGUUGGAGAACUGUUACAAAUGCCUUGAUUAGGGCUGCGAAAAAAAAAAUAUAUAUAUAUAUAUAUUUAUUUUAAUCACAUUUGCUAAUUCUCACCUAGUGAUCGGUGCACCAUCUUCACUGUGGUCUCUCAAC